AUGUCGAUGGUUGCGGUCAUGCCCACGAUGGCGAACGCCCAGCUCCAAGGCCACAUCAUGGACAAAGCUUUCGAUGAAUCGAUCACUGAUAUAUGCGAACAAGUCGGCCUGCCUCCAGGCGUGUCGAAGUACGAGAUCCAGCAGAGGGUUUGGAGCAUCUACGCGCAUGCUGCCGACGUGAGAAUCCCUGUCGUGUCCACAGAUGGAAAAAAGUGGCUGGUUCGUCGCGACGCCGUCAACAACGAUAGGGGCGACCAGUCCAGCAUCGAUCAAAAGGCCGAGAGCAUGAAGACCUGCGGCAUGAUCUGGGGUAUCGGUGGGGGCCCCUUCCUGGUGCAGCUGCCGAACCAACCAGUCAUCGGCACCGACGUGGAGUACGAAUGCCUGCAUUGGGCAACCAGGGUUGAAGGGCUUCAAAAAGCGUGGUUGGACGAUGCCAAGAAGGAGUGCAGACCAGUGCAGAUGUCGCUUGGAGCUGGCCUGUACCACUGCACCAUCUUCAUCGCUCGCACGCCGCCGCUGGUGCGGAGGUGGCUCAAGGACCUGGGCAACUCCGAGAACCACUCUGCCACAACUACAACCUUCCUCGAAAAGAUGCGGAGCACAGAUUCUAUCGAAAAAGCUUUCGAGGUCAAGAAGAAAGAGCACGGUUGGACUGUCGACGGGCUUGGGCAAUCCGUUUACGAGGCGAAGAAGCGCGAGCUCAUGCAGCAGGUCUACCCAGACAGGUGGGGCAGCAGCAGGCAGUACGAGUUCUGCGUCAUGACUUUCAAGCAGAUGAAGAAGCUCGUCGUCGAUGACGUGGCGUGGCCUGCAGAGCUGGUGGCCCAGAGGUCGACAGGUGACCUCCGUUUCUGGGACGUCUUUGUUGCCAGGUGCAUGAGGGGCGUUGACUUCGCGGACAAGCAGAACGACAACCACCAGCCGUUUUGGGUCUCCUUCCACAAUGUCAUGAAGACCUUCAAGAACUACCCCGAGCUGUGCUUAGAUAUGAUGAUGAUGCUGUGCCCUCAGAGGUCGGGGCAAGUGCUGAAGAACCCUUUGCUGCAACAGGGCAUGGCGUCACCAGUUUUCAAGGUGAUCACGUCGGACAUGGUGGCGUGCUUCACCACUCUCAUGGCUGGCAGCGCGACGGCGAAGCAAUUGACAGCCACCACCGAGGACACAGGCGCGACAGGCAAGAAGCGAAAGAUGCCAGCUGAGCGCUCUUCAUGCAUCAAUAAUGCAACCUCCGUGGAUACACUCAUUGAGUUCCGCGGCUACCUGGACAAGAUCAUCGAGAAUACCGAGGUCAACAACACCUACCUCCUCUUGUGCUGCGUGGCAGCGAUGCAAGAGGGCAUCAAAUUGGAUGGCAUCGACAAGGAUGGUGCCUUGAAGCCUGGAAUCAAGAUCAUCAAGGGGUUCGCUUCCCUUCGCAAGAUCAUCAAGACGGAGGCCUACCGUCGGGCGAAGUUGCGGCCUCGGCUCUCGGAUGUAGACUUCGCGCAGGAAAAGGAGGAGGAGGAGCCAAGUGGACAGUCUCUAGGGUACGUGGAUUGGGAUGAACAAAAGAUCGAGGCAUUCUUGGUGGACAACGCUGGGCUGCUCGACAUCUGGGCGAAAUGCAUCAUGCAAAACAACCCGACGAACCCUAUCAGGAUCCACAUGGGCGCAACGUGCUUCAUCAACGAGGUGAUGAUGGAAUGCGCGUCCUUCCUGCAGCAGACACCGACGAGCGCAGGGGAUUGCCCUCAGAUCGUCUUGAACACAAUGCGCACCAAACUCUACGACUUGCUGCCGCUGCAGUUGGACAAUGUCUUCUGGGCCCUGUCCUCGCUGAGUAACAGCGACAAGUUCACAGCCAUGCUUCAGGAUCCGAAUGGCAACGCGGCGACUGUCAUUCAGAAGGCUUGCGGUAACGUCAAGGCGAUGUGCGUAAACGAGUCGAGCAACGGCGUGCUGUCUGCAACGAGCUUCCUGCCGCAGGCUGCUGUGAACUUCGCUUCGAGUAUCCUAGAGAGUCAUGAUUCAACAGAUGGUUUCACGAACACGCCGCUCAUCGAUAUCUUCAAGGAGAGCGGCAAGAGCAGCGACGAUGUGCUCAUGUCUUUGUGGUGUCAUGUCAUGAGCGCGGCCAGCCACAUGGACUUGUAUCCAGCUGAUGGGCACGUGAAGGCGAGGGAGGAGUACGUCGUGCAUUUGAGGAAACUGAAGGACGCGCAACUGGCGAGCGCGUGCGCAGAGAAGGACAUCAAGAUUAAGCUCCCGACCAACUUCCACAAGGACAGCAAGGAGCAGGCAAUCAAGACGCUUGCGACCAUUUUCGACGACAGCAGGCCGAACGAGGUGAAGUCGAUUACCCUCGGGGAGCCUGGUAGCAUCUCGGUCAUCUUCGCAGCCUGCAGGGCGGAUGUGGUCCCUCAGCCCGCAGCUGUGGCAGCGCCACUCGCUGAUGCUGCCGAUGACACCCCCGAGGCGCCUUCGAACCUUCCUUUCGGCACGUGGUGCUUGACGACGGUGGGCCUCGAGUCGCAGGGCGCAGGCAUGCCCCACUACUUGAAUAGGAUGUUCGUGGCCAAGGCGAACGUGGCCUUCCUGCAGCUCGGCCUGGACUACAUGAGCGAGGAGCACGUGGACAUCGCCAUCGACAUGAAGAGCAGGGACGACGCCGACCCGACGAAGAAGAUGAAGGAUUUGCUGCUUGUCACUCGUGCAGAUGCAAAUGUCAGGAUCCCCUUUUGGGGGAAAGUCGUUGAUGCUACGGACCUGACGUUGCAGGGCAAGGUUGGCAUCCUUGACCUCGGCGGCAUGGGCCACUUUCGAGUGGUGCUGAAUGGUUCCAAUUUUGCGAAUGCUGCCAAGUCAGACUGCUGCCCUGCUUGGCUUGCGAAGGUUGCGCUGCCGCCCAAGCCGACGCCAUCUCGCGAGAGCGAAGCAGCCGCAGCUGAGGCCCAAGGGGCGAUCGCCCCGCUCGAGUCGACGACGUCGCCGCCGCCGCCGACCACUUCGAUGCCGAAGUCCAAGGGGAAGCAGAAGGCCAAGGGCAAGAAACCUGAGGAGAUUCGCCCGAACGCCAAGAUCGACUGGGUGCCCAUGGACAUCGUCGUGGGCGACACGCAUAUCACCAUCGAGCGCCCCGCUCUCGUGUGCGAGGCCGCGGGGUCAGGCCCUGUCACCCGGCCUCUCUCGGCGUUCGAGUCGGCCACCAAGGGUGCGAAGCCACAGAAGGGCAAG